GGGGAAGUGUUUCUAGGAGACGGCGCUGGUCCGCUGCGCCUGCGCAGUUGACGCCGCCGGGGGCCGACUGAGGGGCCGCGGCGGGGCUGGCUGAGGUAGUUCCCGGUGCGUCGGGUAGCUGUCGUCCGCCAAGUUCCUUGGCUCCGUGGUACGCCUGUGAGGCGAGCUUCCGGCAGACGAAGCUUCGGGAUGGAGCACAUCCGUACAACCAAGGUUGAGCAAGUGAAAUUACUUGACCGAUUCAGUACCAGCAACAAGUCAUUAACAGGAACACUGUAUCUUACGGCCACACAUCUAUUAUUUAUAGACUCUCACCAGAAAGAAACCUGGAUAUUGCACCACCAUAUUGCCUCAGUAGAGAAAUUGGCUUUGACUACUUCUGGAUGCCCACUUGUGAUUCAGUGCAAGAACUUCAGGAUUGUGCAUUUCAUUGUUCCCAGAGAAAGAGAUUGCCAUGAUAUUUACAACUCUUUGCUACAACUGUCAAAACAAGCAAAAUAUGAAGAUCUCUAUGCAUUCUCUUAUAAUCCCAAACAAAAUGAUUCAGAACAACUACGAGGUUGGCAGCUCAUUGACCUUGCUGAGGAAUAUAAGAGGAUGGGAGUGCCAAAUUCAAACUGGCAGUUGUCCGAUGCCAACCGAGAAUACAAGAUUUGUGAAACUUAUCCGAGAGAACUUUAUGUUCCCCGAAUAGCAAGCAAACCAAUAAUUGUUGGUAGUUCCAAGUUCCGGAGCAAGGGAAGAUUCCCAGUUCUUUCCUACUAUCAUCAAGAUAAGGAGGCUGCCAUUUGUCGAUGUAGUCAACCGCUGUCAGGAUUCAGUGCCAGGUGCCUGGAGGAUGAACAUUUGCUUCAAGCCAUUAGUAAAGCCAAUCCAGUCAAUCGCUAUAUGUAUGUCGUGGAUACUAGGCCCAAACUGAAUGCAAUGGCCAACAGAGCAGCUGGAAAAGGUUAUGAAAAUGAAGACAACUAUUCUAAUAUUAGAUUUCAGUUUGUUGGAAUUGAGAAUAUUCAUGUCAUGCGGUCCAGCCUUCAGAAAUUAUUGGAAGUCAAUGGUACCAAAGGGCUUUCUGUCAAUGAUUUCUACUCUGGUUUGGAGAGCUCAGGAUGGCUUCGCCAUAUCAAAGCUGUUAUGGAUGCUGCAAUCUUCUUAGCCAAAGCAAUAAUGAUUGAAAAUGCAAGUGUGUUGGUACAUUGUUCUGAUGGUUGGGAUAGGACUUCCCAAGUUUGUUCCCUUGGCUCUCUUUUAUUGGAUUCCUUCUACAGGACAAUCAAAGGAUUCAUGGUUUUAAUAGAAAAGGAUUGGAUCUCCUUUGGACAUAAAUUUUCAGAGAGGUGUGGCCAUUUGGACGGUGACCCAAAGGAAGUCUCGCCGGUGUUUACCCAGUUCUUGGAAUGUGUGUGGCAUUUGACUGAACAGUUUCCACAAGCCUUUGAAUUCAAUGAAGCGUUUCUUCUUCAGAUCCAUGAACAUAUUUAUUCAUGUCAAUUUGGAAACUUCCUUGGAAAUUGUCAGAAGGAAAGAGAAGAACUCAAGUUCAAGGAGAAGACUUACUCCCUGUGGCCGUUUCUUUUGGAUGACCAAAAGAAGUACUUAAAUCCUCUCUACAGCUCCAAAUCUCAGAAAUUUGCAGUUUUGGAGCCAAAUACAGUAUCUUUCAAUUUUAAGUUUUGGAGAAACAUGUACCACCAAUUUGAUCGAACAUUGCAUCCUAGGCAGUCUGUGUUUAAUAUAAUUAUGAAUAUGAAUGAGCAAAAUAAACAGUUAGAGGAUGAUAUUAAAGACUUAGAAUCUAAAAUUAAGCAACAUGAAAAUAAGCAAACAGAUGGAGUUCUCACCAGGGAAUCGUUACAUUCAGUUCGUCCUGAAUCACCUACCCUCAAAACUUCCUUGUGUUUUAAGGAGCAAACUCUGCUACCUGUGAAUGAUGCUCUUCGAACUAUAGAGGGCAGCAUCCCAGCAGAUAAUCGGUAUAGUGAAUACGCUGAAGAGUUUUCCAAAUCGGAACCUGCUGUGGUCAGCUUAGAGUUUGGCGUGGCGAGAAUGACUUGUUAGACUCAUAGGGUAUUUUCUGGACUGACGGUAGUGCAAGAAAUGGAUUAUUGUGAGGAUGAUCUGUGUGCAUGACCAAAAGGAAUUUGUCUAUUAAUAAUCUUAGAGUUUAACAGUAGGCUGAUAGUUGAAGGAUAAUAACUGCUCUUGUGAGAGAAAUAAGUCAGUUUAAUUGCAUUUCUAGCAAAGAAUGACUUUCAGUUCUUUAAGAAACGAGUGGUAUUGGCAAAUUAACUCAAAACACAGUUUGUACUGUAUACUAGUGAAUUGACAUUUCUGUAUGAUUUAUAUGUUAAUUACAGGCAAACAUGAAUAGCCUUCUUUAAGUUUAAUUUAAUUACCAGAAAACAAAACUUGACAAAGUGGUCCCUUACUUAAUAAUUGACAUGGCAUGUACUUUUGAUUAUGUAACUAUGUAACUGAAUAUUUACAUAUUUUGCCUAUUAGUGUUGUUUAAUAUUGAAGUGCCAUGAAAAAUAUUUCUAAGAAAGCCUUAAAAUCUCAGUUUAUUCUUUACUCUUAAGUUUUAGGGCCUAGAGCAAGGUUUUUUGUUUUGUUUUGGUUUUGGUUAGCCUUGUUUUAUUUGUAAGAAAUUGCACUCUCAUUACUGUAGGAGUUGCAUGCUACAAUACUUCUCUAUGAAUAGUUGUAGAAGUACACUGUUAAGUUCAUGUUUAGUUGGUCCCACUUCCGUAUUCAAAAUUAAUGAAACUGAAGGUUUUUUUCUGAUUAUAAUUUGUUGAGUGCUACAUUUGAUGACUUAUUUACAACUUUGACAGAUUAUUGAUUUCUUGACUAUGUAUAAGCACAUUUGACUGUCUUUUGUGUAUGGAUUAUGCAUUCUAUUGGUUCUUAUUUUGUGGUUGGUUUUAUUCCUUUGAUAACUGUAAGUUUAAAAAGCUAAAGCUCUAAAACUGUUCUUAGAAACAAUGAAUAGCAUAUAUAUAUGUGUAUUUUUAAACUGUUUUAACUCUCAAUAAGUUGUUCUUCCUGGAAUAAACUUUCAGCUUACCCCAAAGUUUUGGGGUUAAAAAAAGAGAAGUACAAAUAGUUUAGGUUUUGCUUAGUCCCAUGAAUUUGAAAGCAGUCAUUUCUAUGUGGAACAUUUUUUUCUUCUCUGUUAACAUAGGGAAAAAAAGGAAAAUUAAGGAUAGCCUAGUAAAAAGUUAAUGUUUAACAGAAACAACUUAAAUGCCAGGAAGAGUUUCAUUUUGCCAUGUUAUGUUAACUGUUUAUUCUGUGUACUAGUACAUAUCUUUCAAUUACACACACACACAAAAUCACUUGCAAUUGGCAGUAUCACCCUGCUGGCUUUAAAACUGAAAAUUUAAGUAAGAUGGGUGGCAUGAGGUAUGAUUCAAGGGUACUAGGAAAUCUGCAUAGAAUCCCUCGUGCUUCUCUCUAUUAUACCCACACCUAUUAUAUUAGUUUUAAACAUAAACAAAUACCUUUUUCAAAUGGAACAAGAGCCUUAUCGUAUUAGAGCUUAUCUAAUCCUGUUUAUUUUUCUAAUGCUUUUCUGUAACGCAUAUUAUGUAAUAAGAAAAAGACUCUUUUUAAAAUAGUAACAGAAAUGCACUAUAAAAUACAGUUUGUGAUUUAACCAAACCUAUUUCCAUAUUUAAGCACUGGGACAGGAAUCUUAAUCUGUGUGACCACAAAGGGAAGCUUUUGUGCCUUGUUACUUGGUUUGAGUUACUGAUUGUGGUUUUAGACCUUCCAUGGUAGACUUCUUAUAGUCAACUCUUUGAUUUAUUUUCUUAAUCUUCAACUUGGGGCAUGUAUAUGUUUGUUUAUAUGCUCACACAUGGACUGAGAAAUCAGUUAACAUCCUAAGUGACCUACAGGGUAUAUGUUGGCAAAAAGCAGAUUGUGUAUAUGUCUUAUAAAAUUGAAUUUACAUUCAGUGUGUUUGAGAAUGUAUAGCAUGUAAAUUAUUACAUAUAUUAUUUAAAAGUAAUUAAAUGUUUCAUGUUUUAUUUUGAAUGUUUUUCUUUUGGUAAAAACAAAUGGAAUCAA